GUUGCAAAGUUGCAAUAGCGAAGAAGAGUUUCUUUUCGUUUCUUUUCUCUCUCUCUGUUUCUCUUCACUUUUCUCGGAUUAUUUCUCUCUCUCUCUCCCUCUCUCUCUCAAUAACUCAGAAACUCAUCUCCAUUGUUUCUACUUUUCAAUACAAAAAAUCAUUCACGCUUCAAAAGAGCUUCAUUCUGACAAGGUAUGUUUGGUGUGACAAAUGAUAGUGUUUGGUACGAAAAGUUGAACAAUCGGAUCUAGUGGCUUUAAAGAAAGCUUUUGGUUUUCUCCGACCUUUAAGCUUUGUAACUCUGUGUGAAAUCAGAGAUCUAGGCUUCUUAAUUGGUUGACUUGUGCAACAGCAUCUUGGUUUAUUUUGAAUUGGGUUUGAAAUUUGAAUAGAGAAAAUGCAGAGGCCUCCGCCGGACGAUUUUCUGUUGAAAGAGACCAAACCUCAUCUUGGAGGUGGAAAGAUCUCUGGUGAUAAACUAACCAGCACCUAUGAUCUUGUUGAGCAAAUGCAAUACCUUUAUGUGAGGGUUGUUAAGGCUAAGGAAUUACCUUCAAAGGAUGUCACCGGAAGUUGCGAUCCUUAUGCCGAAGUUAAGCUCGGGAACUAUAAAGGAACUACCCGGCAUUUCGAGAAGAAAACCAAUCCUGAAUGGAAUCAGAUUUUCGCUUUCUCAAAGGACCGGCUUCAGGCAUCGGUGUUGGAGGUUACUGUGAAAGAUAAGGAUAUGGUGAAGGAUGAUUUCAUCGGUCGUGUGUGGUUUGAUUUGAAUGAGGUUCCGAAACGGGUGCCUCCGGAUAGCCCGUUGGCACCACAGUGGUAUAGGUUGGAGGAUAGGAAAGGCGAUAAGGCUAAGGGAGAGCUAAUGCUGGCUGUUUGGAUGGGUACACAGGCUGAUGAAGCGUUUCCAGAAGCUUGGCACUCGGAUGCCGCAUCUGUUAGUGGGGCUGAUGCUGUUGCAAAUAUUAGAUCGAAAGUUUAUUUGUCUCCUAAGCUUUGGUACUUGAGGGUCAAUGUGAUAGAGGCGCAAGAUCUGCAACCAACUGAUAAGGGACGAUAUCCAGAAGUUUUUGUGAAGGCUAUUUUGGGGAAUCAGGCUUUGAGGACUAGAAUCUCGCAGAGCAGGAGUAUCAAUCCGUUGUGGAAUGAGGAUUUGAUGUUUGUGGCAGCCGAACCAUUUGAGGAGCCAUUGAUUUUGAGCGUGGAAGACAGAGUUGCUCCUAACAAAGACGAAGUGUUGGGGAGGUGUGCUAUUCCUUUGCAGUUUGUCGAUAGGAGACUUGAUCACAAACCUGUUAAUACUAGGUGGUUUAAUCUUGAAAAGCACAUUGUUGUAGAAGGGGAGAAGAAGAAAGAAAUCAAAUUUGCGAGUAGGAUUCACAUGAGGGUUUGUCUAGAAGGUGGCUAUCAUGUUUUGGAUGAAUCGACUCACUACAGCAGCGAUCUUCGCCCGACAGCGAAACAGCUUUGGAAAUCUGGAAUUGGUGUUCUUGAGGUUGGGAUAUUGAACGCCCACGGUUUGAUGCCGAUGAAAAAUAUAAAUGGGAGGGGGACAACAGAUGCUUAUUGUGUAGCUAAAUACGGGCAAAAGUGGGUCCGAACAAGGACUAUUAUCGAUAGCUUUAUGCCAAGGUGGAAUGAGCAAUAUACUUGGGAGGUUUUCGAUCCUUGCACUGUCAUUACAAUCGGUGUAUUCGAUAAUUGUCAUUUGCAUAGUCCUGACAAAACUGGAGGGGCAAAAGAUGCAAGAAUUGGUAAGGUGAGGAUUCGUCUUUCGACCCUUGAGACUGAUCGUGUGUAUACGCAUUCCUAUCCGCUUCUAGUUCUUCACAACAGUGGGGUGAAGAAAACGGGCGAAAUUCAAUUGGCUGUGAGGUUCACUUGUUCUUCUUUGCUCAAUAUGAUGCACAUGUAUUCACAACCUUUGUUGCCAAAGAGGCACUACAUACACCCAUUGACGGUUAGCCAGCUCGACAGUUUGAGGCAUCAAGCUACUCAGAUAGUUUCAAUGAGGCUGAGUCGUGCCGAGCCACCACUGAGAAAGGAGGUGGUCGAGUAUAUGCUUGAUGUCGGUUCUCACAUGUGGAGUAUGAGAAGAAGCAAAGCUAACUUCUUCAGGAUCAUGGGAGUAUUGAGUGCAUUAAUUGCUGUAGGAAAAUGGUUUGAUUCGAUUUGUAAUUGGAAAAAUCCAAUUACAACAGUGCUGAUUCACUUCUUGUUCGUAAUAUUAGUCAUGUAUCCGGAGCUUAUCUUACCAACGGUUUUCCUUUACCUCUUCCUGAUUGGAAUUUGGCACUAUAGAUGGAGACCAAGACACCCUCCUCACAUGGAUACUCGACUCUCUCACGCGGAUUCGUCUCAUCCGGACGAACUCGAUGAAGAAUUCGACACAUUCCCGACCUCGCGGCCUUCUGACAUUGUGCGGAUGCGAUACGAUCGGCUUAGAAGCAUUGCUGGCAGGAUACAGACUGUGGUUGGAGACUUGGCCACUCAAGGGGAAAGGCUGCAGUCUUUGCUUAGCUGGCGCGACCCGAGAGCGACAGCUCUCUUUGUGAUUUUCUGUCUGGUUGUUGCUACUGUACUUUAUGUAACUCCAUUCCAAAUGGUGGCAAUCUUGACUGGAAUUUAUGUGUUGAGACAUCCGAGGUUCCGUCAUAAGCUUCCGUCCGUGCCGCUUAAUUUCUUCCGGAGGCUGCCUGCCAGAACUGACUGCAUGCUUUGAAUCCUUAGCAAAGGAAAGUGCAGACUUUGGAGAUUUACUGUUCAGCUCCAGAUUUUGAUUUCUGGUUUGGUGCAUUACCUUCUUUUAGAUUUUAUGGAUUUAUUUAUUUUCCAUCAUUAUGUAAUAGGAAUUUAUAUUUCGAACUUCAUAGUAUAAGUAGUGUCUGGUUAAUAUGUAAUUUUGUAGGUUUGAGCUGAAAUUAACUUCUGCUGAAUUACUUUCAUGCUUAAUUUGAUCUAGUAGUUUUUCUCGAUAGGGAAUUAAUUUGAAUUGUAAUGGUGGUGGUGGUGGUAAUUUCUGUUUCUUAUAUUUUAUUAA